ACCACCACCAUACAAAUUUGAAUUUCGCAUAGCAACAAUUUUUGAAGGGAGGAAAUAACACGAACGCCACCCUUUUUGACAAGAUGGGCAAACAAAUGGUUUUGGAAUUGGAGACAUCCCUUGGUGGUGGGAAGUCGUUGAAAAGCAAUAGCUGCCUUGUUGCAUCCAUCACUUUUCCAACAAAACAAAGAAUGUGUUUGAAAGGAAAUAGAAACCCAAAAAUGGAAAACAAAGUAGUAGCAGAAGGUCAAGAGCAAGAGCAAGAGCAAGAGCAAGAGCAAGAGCAAGAAAAUGGCCUCCAAAUCCCUCUUCUCACUCCGUACAAAUUGGGAAACUUUCAACUUUCCCAUAGAAUUGUUUUGGCACCAUUGACUAGGCAGAGAUCUUUCGGAAAUGUUCCUCAGCCACAUGCUAUCUUGUAUUACUCCCAGAGAACCACCAAAGGGGGCCUUCUCAUAGCAGAGGCAACUGGAGUUUCUGACACAGCCCAAGGGUACCCAGAUACUCCUGGUAUAUGGACAAAGAAGCAAGUCGAAGCCUGGAAACCCAUAGUAGAUGCUGUUCAUGCCAAAGGUGGUAUCUUCUUUUGCCAGAUUUGGCAUGUGGGGAGGGUUUCAAAUCAAGGUUUUCAGCCAAAUGGGCAAGACCCGAUAUCUUGUACUGACAAGCCGUUGACUCCUCAACUUCGUAGUAAUGGCAUCGAUGUUGCACAAUUUUCACCUCCACGACGCCUGAGUAUAGAUGAAAUUCCUCAAGUUGUCAAUGAUUUUAAACUUGCAGCCAGGAAUGCUAUGGAAGCUGGUUUUGACGGAGUUGAGAUCCAUGGGGCUCAUGGUUACCUAUUAGACCAGUUUAUGAAAGACCAAGUAAAUGACCGCACAGACAAGUAUGGAGGCUCUCUGGAGAACCGUUGCAGAUUUGCUCUAGAAAUAGUUGAAGCUAUUGCUAAUGAGAUAGGAGCGAAUAGAGUGGGAAUAAGGCUCUCCCCCUUUGCAGAUUAUAUGGAAUCCGGAGACUCGAAUCCAAAGGCUCUAGGCCUCUAUAUGGCUGAAUCAUUGAAUAAAUAUGGUAUUCUCUACUGUCACAUGGUUGAGCCUAGGAUGAAAACUUUAGGAGAAAAAUCUGAAUGUCCCCAUAGUCUUGUGCCCAUGAGAAAGGCUUUCAAUGGUACUUUCCUUGUUGCCGGGGGUUAUGACAGGGAAGAUGGUAUCAAAGCUUUAACCGAGAACCGCGCAGAUCUUGUUGUUUAUGGACGUUUAUUCUUGGCUAAUCCAGAUUUGCCAAAGAGAUUCAAGCUUAAUGCUCCUCUGAACAAGUACAACAGAGACACCUUCUAUGUACCAGAUCCUGUUAUUGGCUACACUGAUUAUCCAUUUCUCGAAACAACUGCUUAAAUUUUCUAUGGAGGAGAAUGUGAACACAAAAUUGUUAUCUUAGUUUUACGCAUCUCAAAUCGACCUGAAUUAUUAAAAAUUGUUAUCCAUUUUUAAUGCUUGUUUUAUGCUGAAAGAGUGCAAUAAAAAACAGAAAACAAAUUUUAAGUACUAUCCCGCUCAGGAAUUAUUAGGUUUGUUUAAA